GGUGUUAAAAUCUAUAUUAAUCUAGUUUCCUCUUUUAAUACAUAUAAAGCUAAAUUCAUUUUCUUUGUUUUGUUAAGAAUUCCUCACUUUGUCGUUUUCAGAAUCAUAUAAAUUAUAGAAGGGAAUAAAAAAAAACAUCAAGUCAAAAUGAAGGCUUGGGUCAUAUGUUUGAUGGUAAUAAGCAUUUUCAUGAUGAUUGAGCCAACACUAGCUGCUGGUGGGGGUAAAUUUUUAAAUCCAGGAGUGCUUGAUCCGUGUUUGCGUCCUAAUCCUCCACCAGAGUGUCAAGCCCCAGGAUCAGCUGGGAAACCUAGAGAGCGAGUUAAUGAAUAUAAAGUUGGAUGCUCCAAACUUACCCGGUGCGACCGUGUCGGAUAAUCAUUAUUUAUUUUAUUAGUUUUAUGAGAAAUCUCUCAUAUAUUGUAAACAUGUUCAUAACUUCUUUCAACUAUAACAAUAAUUUGGUAUAUACAAAAAAUUAUAUGUAUUUACCAGCUUUAAUAAUAUAUCUUCUUGUAAGACUAGAAACCUAAUUAUUCUGCUUUGUAACAAUGAUUUGGCGUAUAAUACAAAGUAUGUUUGUACCAGUAAACUAAUAUAGACGUUAUAUGGUCAAUGAUCUAUUCUAAAUCG